AAAGAAAGCCUUUGCAGCCAUUUUUUCAUUAAUAACUUCAAGUUAUAAAAAAGAUGAAGGCAUGAAUUCACAUUGGACCAGGAGGGCUAGGGGAUUAAGGAAAGGGGUGUGGCUACUAUCCAGUAGACCUUACCAUCAGUACAAAGUCAUACAAUGUGCCGAAAACCUGAUAUGCUCCGCCCAUAACCUAACCUCCUUGCCGUGGUGGGUAGUCAUCGGAGGUACUACGGUGAUACUGCGAACCGUGGUUACAUUACCACUCUCUGUUCACCAAAACAAGAUAAUAUCCAAGAUGGAGCUGCUGCAACCUUUGAUAAAGGAAUACGGGGAAGCACUUAAGCACAGGAUUGUUGUCAACUGUAAGAGAGAAGGAAAGACCUCCAAUGAAGCUAACAGAAAAUUUAAAGCUGAAUUUCGUAAAUUAUCUAGAGAAAUAUACUCAAGGGAAGGCUGUCACCCUCUUAAAGUGACCCUUCUGCCAUGGAUUCAGUUGCCACUCUGGAUUGUAAUAUCCUUUGCACUGAGAAACAUGUCAGGAGCUAAUCCAGCAACUGGAGGGGUACCUUCAGUACCAGGUCUUUCUACUGAAGGUGUGCUGUGGUUUGCAGAUUUGACUGCUCCAGACCCAUUGUUCAUUCUCCCUGUACUCCUUUCGGUAUCAAACCUUUUGAAUAUAGAGGUGAAUGCUCUUAAAAAGAAAGGACGAGAGACUCUUUUCCAGAGUAUAUUAACUAAAUUUUUUCGUCUCCUAUCAAUCAGUAUUGGUGUAGUAGCGUCACAGCUACCUUCUGCCAUGACUCUUUAUUGGGCAACUUCCAGCACAUAUAGCUUAGCUCAAAACCUCCUUUUUAUGUUGCCAAGAGUACGAAGGUUUCUAAAACUUCCGAAGACACCCAGCGAAAGUAAAACCCCUUGUAGGGACCUGAGGACAAGCUGGAGUGAGAGGACUAAGGAGUUUCUGAUGAGACAGCGAAAAGCAAACUCACAAAAAUAAUAAUUACAAUAAUCAUUCUAAAUAAUAAUACUAGUACUUUCAUUAUUAUGCAUACAGUAACUAGAGCUGUGCACGGACAAAGUGAAUGAGAAAUGUUGUAUUGCUCGGUAGUUCAAAAACUUUAUUAAUUCUU